GCCUUGCACCACAGCUGAGACAGCUGCAAGCCUGCUUGCUCACUCUCGCAUCUGGGAUUGCACUGGGUCUGCUUACUCAACGAGGUGCCUGCCAGCUGCAGCCAUGAGGAUCCAUAGCCUCUCUCUACUGUCCUUCCUCCUUCUGGCCACUCUGGUGCUCUUAGUGAAGGGCAGAAAGAUAGUGAAGAAUGGCCAUCACAGCAAAAUGGCUUUGGAGCAGAGGGAUACUCUGGGCAGAGCCCAGAUUAAGCAGAGAGACCAGCCAUCCAAGCCCACGAUCAAAGGCAGAUUUGUCACCAGUGACCAAGCCAACUGCAAAUGGGCUGUGACUGAGCAGGAGAAGGGCAUCACCCUGAAGGCUGAAUGCACUCGAAUGGACCAUGAGUUCUCUUGUGUCUUUGCUGGCAAUCCAACCCCAUGCCUGAAGUUUAAGGAAAAUAAUGUUUACUGGAAACAAAUUGCCCGGAAACUCCGCUCACAGAAGAACAUCUGUGGGCACUCCAAGAGUGUCCUGAAGACCAGGAUAUGUAUAAAGGAGUUUCCAGAAUCCAGUCUCAAGCUAGUGACCUCCACUUUGCUUGGGAACUUGAAGCCCAGGAAGAAGGAAACAGAGCUCUCCCCUAGGGAACAUAUCAAGGUCAAAGAAGCUUCCUCAAUAAAGCCAAUCAAGGCCAAGGAGGACUCCCCCUCUAGCCAAGCAGUGCCCCAGACCAUGGGCAACAAAGAUCCUGAGUGUGUGGAUGACCUAUAUGUGGCAAACCAGAAGACUGCCCUGGAGUUCUGUGGAGAGUCCUGGAGCUCCUUAUGCACAUUCUUCCUCAGCAUGAUACAGGACAAAUCAUGCUGAUAAAGUCAAAAGAGGACAAGUUCCAUUACAAGAUUUGUCUUAUAAGCCCCUCUGUGUGCUGUAAAACUCUCCAAGUUCUCCAAAAGAUAUGAACUUCUAUGCUAUGAGUAUGCAAUGGAAUAUUGAAAUAGAUUUGUGAUUUUUGUGCUUGUGUUUUGGAAUUUGUUUUAUAUUUACUUCCUUAGAUGUGAGGUUCAGAGGCUGUUUACCUCAGGAUGAAUUUCCAUGGUUCACAAAGCUAUGUGCAUAUAAGCAGUGAGACCAGUCUUCAGGCUGAGCAAACCAGAGAGAGAAUUUCUGUGAGAUGCACUUUCCGCUAAAUUAACAAAGAUAAUAAAGCUCUGGGUAUUUUCAGAAAUA